AUGCUAUUGGGCUUCAAAGCGCUCGGAUUUGAACCCCCCGACCCUUCCGCGACAGCGACAGCGGCGGCUUCCUCGUCACCCCUCGCCGACUUGCCCUCCAAUUCCCGCCAUGCAGAGCAGUUUGCGCGCCAUACCACCACCCACGCUGGACACGGCGGACUUGUGAGCACAGACUCGAUGAGUCCGGAAGAGGAUUUGGAGGUUGAGGGGCGGCCGCCCUACAUCCACGCGAUGCUUGCUGGAGGAACGGGUGGUGCUUUUGGAGACAUGCUGAUGCAUUCCUUGGACACUGUCAAGACGCGGCAACAGGGCGAUCCAAAUGUACCGUCGAAAUACCGCUCGCUGACCUCGUCAUACUACACAAUAUUGCGGCAAGAGGGCAUCAGAAGAGGUCUCUAUGGUGGUUGGAUUCCUGCGCUAGGUGGUUCAUUUCCCGGGACGCUCAUGUUCUUUGGAACAUACGAAUGGAGCAAACGAUUUCUUAUCGACCACGGGCUACAACACCACCUUGCCUAUCUUUCAGCUGAUACUUCAGGCUUCCUCGGUGACCUAGCCGCCUCCGUCGUAUACGUGCCCUCUGAAGUACUCAAGACUCGACUUCAGCUACAAGGAAAAUACAACAACCCCCACUUCAAGUCUGGCUACAACUACCGCGGCACCAUCGACGCCGCCCGCACCAUCGUCCGCGCCGAGGGCCCGGCGGCCAUGUUCCACGGCUACAAAGCCACACUCUACCGCGACCUGCCCUUUUCGGCAUUGCAGUUUAUGUUCUACGAGCAGUUCCAGACAUGGGCGCGACAGUACAAGCAGAGUCGAGAUAUCGGUGUUAGCUUCGAGCUGCUUACCGGUGCUAUGGCGGGCGGUCUCGCCGGCGUGAUAACGUGUCCCCUUGACGUCGUCAAGACGCGACUGCAAACGCAAGUCAAUCCGUCGGCAACGAACAACAGCCCUGCGCACGCCAAGGACCCGAACCCGCAGAAGCGCUCGAUAUCAACGUCCUCGCCGAGCACCCACCGCCCGCGUCCUGGUGCCAUCCCGUUGGAGACAUCGUCUGUCAUUACCGGCCUCAAAGUUAUUUACAGAACCGAAGGCUUGGAGGGUUGGUUCCGAGGCGUGGGGCCGCGCGGUGUUUGGACUUUUAUUCAGAGUGGCUGCAUGCUUUUCCUGUAUCAACGACUCCUCCGGCAACUCGAUAUCUGGAUGCCGGUUGACAAGGAGAACGACAUGUAG